AUGCCCCGGUCCGCAAGGAGCCCCCAUGGGGACCCGUGUGCCCUCCCCGACGACGCGGCCCACAACGCCAGGCAGAGGAGGGUCAUCCAGCGAGGCCGGAACACGUGCAGGACAGCCGAGGACUCCUUGCCAAACACAAGUGACGCCCUCCUGUUUCCUGUGCGCCUCAAUGCCCCCACCCUCGGCCUGACUCAGAGCAUGCUGGGAUGCGUGUCCUGGUUCACCUGCCUGGCCUGUUUCCUGAGGACUCAGGCCCAGCAAGUCCUGUUCAACACCUGCAGGUGCAAGCUGCUCUUCCAGAGGUUGAUGGAGAAGACGGGCGUCCUGGUCCUCUGUGCCUUCGGGUUCUGGAUGUUCUCUAUGCACCUACCCUCGAAAAUGGAAGUCUGGCAGGAUGACAGCAUAAACAGCCCGCUGCAGAGCUUGAGGAUGUACCAGGAGAAGGUGCGGCAUCACACGGGGGAAAUCCAGGACCUCCGAGGCAGCAUGAACCAGCUCAUUGCCAGGCUCCGGGAGAUGGAAGCCAUGUCAGACGAGCAAAAAAUGACCCAGAAAAUCCUGAAGAUGAUCCAAGGAGACUACAUCGAAAAGCCAGACUUCGCCCUGAAGUCCAUAGGGGCCAGCAUCGACUUUGAGCACACGUCGGCCACCUACAACCACGACAAGGCUCGCUCCUACUGGAACUGGAUCCGCCUCUGGAACUACGCACAGCCCCCGGACGUGAUCCUCGAGCCCAACGUGACACCUGGCAACUGCUGGGCCUUCGCGGGUGACCGUGGCCAGGUGACCAUCCGGCUGGCCCAGAAGGUCUACUUGUCCAACCUCACGCUGCAGCACAUCCCCAAGACCAUCUCGCUGUCCGGCAGCCUGGACACCGCGCCCAAGGACUUCGUCAUCUACGGCAUGGAAAGCUCCCCCAGGGAGGAGGUGUUCCUGGGAGCAUUCCAGUUUCAGCCGGAAAACACCAUCCAGAUGUUCCCGCUCCAGAACCAGCCGCCCCGGGCCUUCGGCUCCGUCAAGGUGAAGAUCUCCAGCAACUGGGGGAACCCCCGCUUCACCUGCCUGUACCGUGUGCGUGUGCACGGCUCCGUGACGCCCCCCAGGACACAGCCCAGCUAG